AAAACCCAAGAUUUAUGGUCUAAUUAUACAUACAUACAUAUAUAAUGGUAUAACAGUCACAGGGGGAAAUUUUCUGCAGUGAUAUCCCAAUGAAACAGAGUGCUGUUUGCUUCCUCAUAUUUAGGUUUUUCCUGUAAAAACACAGAGCAAGGGAGAGACAGAUAGUGAUUGGUGUUUACAGCAGCCAAUAGGUCUGAGUGUGCAUUACAUCCCCACUGCUAUGCAGCUAGCACUAUCUACCUUCCAGUGAACACAGCUGGACCCAGGACUACAUGGAGACUUUAAGUAAUAUUCAAUGCAAACCCGAUGCAGGGGUCUGGUAGAUUUGAGGGUUUGUUAUUGUAUGUUCCAUCCAAACAUGGAAAAUGAUCAACUCAUGGUGACAGCGCACAUAAAUUAAGAGAAGUGAGAAGUUGAAUGAAACAAACACAUCAAGUUAAUUGUCCCCUUAGAGCUCCAGGCCUUCAGGGAUGCAAGGACCUUUAGGGAGCCAAGAAGGCCACAAACAGCCCUGACUGGAGUACUGAGGACCAUUCAGUCAACCUUUAAAAAGCCGACCUCUGGUUCGGCUGGAGAUAUUUCAUGUCAACUGAGGUAAAUACACUCAUACAGUCUAAUGUUGUUAACUGCUGUCAACUGUACUUUUAGAUAUUGAGUCGCUUUGUAUACAAGAUUCACAUUCUCUUAUUUCCCACAAGUCCUGGAAAACUUGGAUAUUUAGAGACAAUUUUUCAGUCUUAACAUUGAUCAAAAUUAGCAGAUAUCCUGUAAAUAAUCUACAUGGUCCUGGAAAGUUUGAAUUAUAUUUUAGUCUCUCACUCAGAUUACGUAAACCUGGGUGUGUUUUGUGCUUGAAACUCGACUGCUGGUAGGAUGACGCUUCAAAGCAGGUUUACCAGAUGCCUUCCUUCUAUUUUUUCCAGACCUGAAGCAAACUUAUAUCUGAAUGCAUACAGCUUAUAAAUGAUCAAAUUUACAUUUGUUGUUGUGGUUGACAAUACAUGCACAGCUUUGUUAAUUGUACAUGCAAGAAAUAACUUUCUAAAGAAGAAUCAUCUGUAAAAUAAAACAACUUACUACCUGAUUGGAACUACAUACGGGCUGUGGCCAAAUUUAUGUUGGAGGUAAACUCUAGUAGCCCCAACCUCUUUUUUAGGCCUCGACAAUGAAUAGAGUAUAUCUCUGCAACUACAAGGUCUAUUUGAAUAAUUUUUGUGUCAUAAUAAAGGGAACACUUAUGCCAUUUGUUCAGAUGUGUAAGUAUCAGUAUGUAUGUCACUGGCUCACAAUAAUUUAAGACGGCACACAGCUUACAUUUUUCAUUCAUAAAUAAGUAAUAACUUUUACAAUGAAUAUCUCUUUGAAAUGUUUUGAAAAGUUGCAGCUCUAAAUCUAAAUCAAAGCAUAGCAACAUAAAUGGACAUUAUCUCUGCCAAGUUUGAGUCUUAUAAAGUGAGGCAAAGCAAAAUUACAGAGGUUUUAGUACAGUCUAUUUAGGUACUCUCCAAUAUGGCAAUUUUGGCACAUCUAUGCCUUUUGAAAUAUUUUGUGUACCAAACUAUAUAUUUCACUUUUAUGUCACUAUUGGGGUUCAUUACAUCUAUUUACAGCAGUUUCUGACUAAUUUUUAAUAGAAAACCAUACAAAGCACUAACACUAAUGAGCAAGUGCUGGCCUGUAUUAUCAAGAAAAAACUCCUAGAACUAGAAAAUGGAAACAUCCUGGAUAGUGAUUUGUUAAAGAGUGUGAACCCUGUCCUUUAAUACAGUAUCAAUAUGCAGUUUGUUUUAAAAGGUUUUCUUGUCCUAGUAAUACUGAGCACAUGUUUCUAAGCUGUUCUAAAUGCGUGAAAUGGGCGACAUUUGAGCUGCACUGUGUUUUAUGAUUUUAUUUUGGCUUCAAUUGAAACAUGAGAGUGUCUGAGUGAGGAGAAACUUUAGUGAGUAAGAUCUGAUCACAAGUGGUCUCGCAUGUCGAGAGGCUGUUAAUAGCAGCUGUAAACAGACUCUGAGACACUUCAUCAUAAACCCUGCAUCAUUCAAAAAAAGAGGCAUAAAACUGGAGUUAAAGUCAAUGCUAGGCCUACUGGUAAAAUUAUAUGUUUGUGAGUGAGUGCUGUCCUGAUUGUCAAGAAUUUUUUUUCUUAAAAAGGGUGGUAAUCAAGUUUGUUAAUGACGACAGUGUUGACUAAACUCUCUGAUCCUCUCGCUGCAGUAUGGAGAAUGAAACAUACAAUAUGGAUGUUCUGCAGCUGGAGGGGUUAAAGGUCAACCUCAAGCCCUCCAUUCCUGCCUUCAUCCUCCUCCUCCUCAUCUACAUCUUCAUCAUGGUGUGCAACAUCGGCCUGGUGGUCCUAAUCUUCAUGGAGAGGAGCCUCCACGAGCCCAUGUACCUGCUCUUCUGUAACAUGAGUAUUAACGAUGCAUUCGGGGCCACGACCGUCAUUCCUCCCUUGCUGUGUGAUGUUUUUGUUCCGGUGACGCAGCGGUUCAUCCAUUAUUACGAGUGCGUCAUUCAGGCCUUCUGUGCUCACUUUCACGGGGGCACCUCACACACUGUGCUCAUUAUCAUGGCGUUCGAUCGCUACGUGGCAAUCUGCAACCCUCUGCGAUACACCACCAUCAUGACCAACAGGAUGGUGGUGAAGCUGUCGGUAUUGGCGUGGAUGGUGGCCUUCCUCUUGAUUGCGGUCAGCGUAGGACUCAGCGUCCGCUUGUCGCGCUGCAGGCGGGUUGUGCUCAACCCGUUCUGCGACAACGCCUCCUUGUUCAAGCUCUCCUGUGAAAACAUCAUCAUCAAUCACAUAUACGGCCUCAUCAGCGCCAUGGGCACGAUGGCGGUGUCCCUGUGCAGCAUAGCGCUAACUUACCUGAGGAUCGCCAUGGUGUGUUUGAGCAGUAAGAACAAGGCUCUGUAUAGCAAAGCGCUGCAGACCUGCGCCACCCACCUGGCUGUGUAUAUUAUCCUGCUCCUGUCAGGCGGCGUCAUCAUCAUCCUCCAUCGUUUCCCCAACCUAUCAGACGAAAGGAAGCUGGCAUCCAUCUUGUUCCAUGUGGUUCCUCCUUCCAUGAACGCUGUUAUCUACGGACUGCAAAUCAAAGCAGUCAGAGAAAAAAUUCUGAUUAUAUUCAGAGGAAUGAACAACAGGAGUAAAAUGACUGUGUCAGAGGUGAAGUGAUGAUACCAAAUCAAAUGUACCCGCUGUCCCCACAACGUAAAGCCAAUAUCUGCCUCCUGUUGCUCUAAUAAUUUGUAUUUUCUCAUGAGUAACACAAGGCAAAUAUUUGCCCUUUAAUCUGGUUGAUGAUGGCAGUGUGAGCUAAAAAUAAAACAGAUUUUGCUGCGAUUUAAUGACAAUAAAUGAAUCAAAAUGAUGCUGAAAUAACUACAUUAUGAUGCUGAUGUGUAAAAAGUCUGAAUUCAUAAUGUCAGUCUGUCUGUAAGACGACGAGCAAACAACUUCUCUGACAGACACAUAUUUUCAGAGCUUCCUCUCUUAAAUUUUCUUUCAAUUGAUGAUUUUGUAACUAUAUUGUUUUAUAUAUAUAUAUAUAUAUAUAUAUAUAUAUAUAUAUAUAUAUAUAUUAAGGUGGGUUUUUAAAGUCUUCUAUGAAUAUUGAUUAUUAUUAUUAUCAUUAUGACUACUGAUGAAAGUUCUGAUAAAAGAAAAGUGAUUCUGUCGGUUUGAGACUGAUGGCUGUUUCUGUUCAUGCUAAUACGUUUGAGUUUAACAAACUAGAUCUUUUGAGUCAUUGUAAUAUUUUUUAUAGGUUAUUUCUGAUAGACCAUAAGUGCCAUAAGUAUUAUAUAUGUAUAUGGAUGUGUUUUCACCAAGAUUCGAAGAGGAAAGGUCUAAUUUAACUGAUUGAUUUCUAUAAAGGGUUAUGUAUGUGUAUAAUGAAUAAAUAAAUAAAUAAAUACAUUAACUAAUUCAGA